UCCACACUUCCUAGUUUGUUAGCAAUAUUUGUUUGCUUUUAACUUUGCUAAAAACUUCCCUAAUUCUAAUCAAAAUCAUGGUUUCAUCUUGUUCUUCUUCCAUGAGUUUUGUAGUAGUAGCUUACCUUCUUGUGGUAUUGGUUGGGAGCUCAAAUGCUCAAUUGACCCCAAACUUCUACUCUAGCUCUUGUCCUAGCCUUGAUUCGACGGUGAAAUCUGUCGUACAUUCCGCUAUCAGCAAAGAGGCUAGGAUGGGCGCUUCUCUCCUUCGUUUGUUCUUCCAUGACUGCUUUGUUAACGGAUGCGAUGGAUCACUUCUACUAGAUGAUACUCCUAAUUUCACGGGUGAAAAGAUGGCAAGACCUAAUAACGGCUCAGUUAGAGGAUUUGAAGUGAUCGACCAGAUUAAAUCUGCAGUUGAGAAUGUUUGUCCAGGAGUUGUCUCAUGUGCUGAUAUCUUAGCAAUCACCGCUAGAGAUUCCGUUGUCAUUCUUGGAGGACCAAGUUGGAAUGUAAAGCUCGGUAGAAGAGAUGCUAGGACAGCUAGUCAAUCCGAUGCAAACAAUGACAUCCCACGACCAACAUUUAACCUUGGUCAAUUGAUAUCAAGUUUCCAAAAUCAAGGCCUUUCUGCCAAUGACAUGGUCGCUUUAUCUGGUGCUCAUACAAUCGGACAAGCAAGGUGCACAAGUUUCAGGGAUCACAUAUACAACGACACCAACAUAGAUGCAUCAUUUGCUCAAUCUAGGCGUGCAAAUUGCCCGAGGACUAGCGGCAUGGGGGAUAACAACUUAGCACCCUUAGACCUCCAAACCCCGACUUGUUUCGACAACGACUAUUACAAGAAUAUCAUCAACCAAAAGGGUCUUCUACACUCCGACCAACAAUUACUUAGCAAUGCUCUCGUCCAAACUUAUGGUGGCAACCUUGGUAGGUUUUACUCCGAUUUCGCCACCUCCAUGAUCAAGAUGGGAGAUAUUAAGCCGCUCACUGGAUCUAACGGCGAAAUCAGGAAGAAUUGUAGGAUGAUUAACUAGUUUUUCUAAGGAUGUUUACGCGGCCCUAAUUAAAUACUACACGUACACUUCACAUGAUACACCAUGAAAUUAUGUUCAUUUUUGUUAUAGUAUAGGUCCAAAGAGGCCAUAGUACUUGGUAGUUCUUUGUUGGUUUUGGUAAGAAAUUUUAUUUGUCGUGUUUGAAUUUUUCAUAUUUGUUUUAAAGGUUGUAUUUUUGUUGUAAUAGUUUGUUAGAUGUAAUUGUAAGAUGUAUCAAAUUUGAAUUCGAUUAAUCUCUUUGAUUUAGGUAUAGCUGUAUAAGAUUACAAUUUGGUAUUAA